AUGUCCGGUUCCACCGCGCACUCGCCGCCGGCGAUGGACCGGCGAGUCCAGCGGCUGGCUCGCCGCGUCCCCAUCGCACUCGCCGCUGCGGCCACGCUCUGCCUCGCAUACCUCUUCCGCCACAGCUCCUGCUUCCCCGCGCCGGAGCCACUCACCCUCUCCCUCGCCCCCUUCCCGCGCACCUCCUGCGAUGCCGCCUCGCGCCGCGUCCUCCCGCCAGACCGCCGGCUCGCUAAGCUCCGCUCCUCCUCCCGCUGGCGCCGCCGCUCCGCCUCGCUGGCCGCCUCCGUCUUCCCCCCGCUCCGCCGCCUCCGCCUCCUCGCCGGCUCCUCCCGCGUCCUCUGCCUCGCCGCCGGCGCCGGCAACGCCGUCGACGCGCUCAACGCCGCGGGAGUCACCGCGGUAACGGGGAUCGACCUCGUCGACUUCCCGCCGCUCGUCCGUCGCGCCGACCCCCACCGCCUCCCCUUCCCCGACGGCGCCUUCGACCUCGUCUUCUCCGACGACCCGGCGGGGUUCUCCGGCGCGCUCUUCCCGUCUCGCCUCGCCGCCGAGGCAGAGCGCUCCGUUCGUCUAGGCGGCGCCAUCGCGCUCGCUGUGGACCGGCAGCUGGACCCCGCCGCCGUCGCCGCUCUCUUCAAGAGGUCUCGCGUCGUGGAUACCACGGAUGUCACCUUGGAUGGUUCCCAGGUUAGGUUGCUAAUCUUGCAGAGCAAUGGCACCACCUUGAACCCGCCGCACUGAUAGCUUAGCUUCCAUAUCAUGUAAGUACUCUCAAGUUAUUUUUUCAUGCCCUAUGUUGUUGUCCUCUUAGAUCAAAUGCUA